UGACCAGCAGGUGAGACAGGUAGACCUUCGGACCCGGAAGGAAAGGCUGAAACUGGCGACUCGUUUUACAGGAAAGAAACCGGCUGUUAGAAACAACAUCUGAUUAACUAAUUUGUGUGUUCAGUGCUUCUGAGAGCGAUGGAGUCCAGAGGCCUGCAGCAGGAGCUGGAGUACCAGUUCAGCCAUGUGGUUUCCAGACAGCAGUUCUUCCAGUCUGACUGGGACAUCGCUUCUUUCGCAGUCUUCUUCAUCUUCAUUGGCAUGGUUCUGCUGCUGGUCAUCCUGGUCCUCAUCCGCUGCUGCUGCUGCUGCUGCUGUGAAGACGAGAUGCCUCGCAGACGGAAGGUGGGCAUAGAGAACAUGGCUCUGGAGCCCUGACAGCUCAACUGCACUCGUGUGUCGCGAAGGCUGAUGAAGCCAGAAGCAGAGCCUUUAGGGAGACUUCUGUUAAGCUUUGAUUUCAAUGUCACCAGUGAAUCUUUGUUCACGAGUCCUUUGCUCCCCAGAUAUGGAAAUCUAACACUUGCACUUUUUCACUGUCUCACUGCUGUGUGUUGCCAGGAUACCACCGAGUAGCUGGAAACACUCAGCUCUCUGUAGUUCACUGAGGUCACUUCCUCCUAUUUCAUUUCUGAAGGUUUUUACUUAGUAAUAAAUAUAUGAAAGUAAUAAAAA